AUGGCACCACUAAGAAACCGUGCAAGGACCCCUGAGACGCUGACUAACGAACAGUUGGCUCAGAACUUGCAUCAGUUAACUCAAAUCACCCAGGCACUGAGUGACAACCUCCUUCACAACAACACCCGCCCGCCACCGAACGAAAAUCACGAUGUAGCUCGCCAUGUGUCAAACCACCGUCCCCCUACCUUCGCUGGGGAAGAGGAUCCUACAAUACUCGAAGAAUGGAUCCGAACGUUCAAUAAGAUCUCCGAGGUAGUAGGUUGCCCGGGGGAACGUCGAGUCGAGCUGGCAACGUUCUACUUCGGACAUGAGGCUGACUUAUGGUGGGUCCACGAAGGCCUGGACCUUAGGCAAGAACUAGGCUUCAACUGGGGAACCUUAAAGGCCCGGUUACGGGAACACUUUCACCCCGCGCAUGUAAGAGCGGCUAUGUAUGAAGAGUUCCUUCACCUGAAAGAAGGAAUCGCUACGGUAGUCGAGUACCACAAGAGAUUUCUGGAACUCACCCGUUUCGCACACGUGUUGGUGCCCACGGAGGCAACUAAGGUAGAGAAGUUCGUGGCUGGACUAAACUUUAAGGCAAAGAAAGCCCUAACCGUCAGCAAACCAAGGACCCUUAACAAAGCAUAUGCCAGUGCCGCCGACCUCUAUUGGGUCCAGUUGCUGCAAAGAGGAGUCCAAGAACAGGCAAAGAGGAGGAAUUACGGGAGCGGGGGCCCCAACUUCAAGAAGACGAGGAGUGACCCCAACGUAAAAACAACUCAUACGUAA